GACCUAGAGUCUCCACCACAUGGGUCCCUUCUUGGUAUCAUUCAAAUGAGGCAGCCAGCUUCCCAACACAUGCAAUACAAAAGAACAUCCUAGACCUAAAGAUUUUACAACCUAUUCUCAGAAAUAAUAUCCCAUUACUACUGCCCAUGAUGUAUUUGUAAUGACUUUAAGUCCAACUCAAAGUAGACACGGCGAGGAUUACACAGGGCGUGAAUCUCAGGAGACAAAGAUCUCUGGAUGACGUUUUGGAACCACCUGCUGCACAUUUCCUGGCUAAUUACUUGAAAUGUCAUAUAAUUGGACUCAUAUUUUCAUAUUGGCUUCUUUCACUUUAUAAUAUGCAUGCUUGCAGAUGGGUCAAGGGCUGUGGAGAGUGGCCAGAAACCAGCAGCUCCAGCAGGAAGGCUAUAGUGAGCAAGGCUACCUCACCAGAGAGCAGAGCAGGAGAAUGGCGGCAAGCAGCAUUGCUGGUACCAACCACCGGAAACAAGUCCAAGGAGGCAUUGAUAUAUAUCACCUUUUGAAAGCAAGGAAAUCUAAAGAACAGGAAGGAUUCAUUAAUUUGGAAAUGCUGCCCCCAGAGCUGAGCUUCACCAUCUUAUCCUACCUGAAUGCAACUGACCUCUGUUUGGCAUCAUGUGUUUGGCAAGACCUUGCUAAUGAUGAACUUCUCUGGCAAGGGUUGUGCAAGUCCACAUGGGGUCACUGUUCCAUAUACAAUAAAAACCCACCCCUAGGAUUUUCUUUUAGAAAACUGUAUAUGCAGCUGGAUGAAGGCAGCCUUACCUUUAAUGCCAACCCAGAUGAAGGGGUGAACUACUUUAUGUCCAAGGGUAUCCUCGAUGAUUCACCAAAGGAGAUAGCGAAGUUUAUCUUCUGUACAAGAACACUAAAUUGGAAAAAACUGAGAAUCUAUCUUGAUGAAAGGAGAGAUGUCUUGGAUGACCUUGUAACAUUGCAUAAUUUUAGGAAUCAAUUCCUGCCAAACGCACUGAGAGAAUUUUUUCGUCAUAUCCAUGCUCCAGAAGAGCGUGGGGAGUAUCUUGAAACUCUUAUAACAAAGUUCUCACACCGGUUCUGUGCUUGUAAUCCUGAUUUAAUGCGAGAACUUGGCCUUAGUCCUGAUGCUGUCUAUGUACUGUGCUACUCUUUGAUUCUACUUUCCAUUGACCUCACUAGCCCUCAUGUGAAGAAUAAAAUGUCAAAAAGAGAAUUUAUUCGAAAUACCCGUCGUGCUGCUCAAAACAUUAGUGAAGAUUUUGUAGGGCAUCUUUAUGACAACAUCUACCUUAUUGGCCAUGUGGCUGCAUAAAAGCACAAUUGCUAGGACUUCUAGUUUUUACUUCAGACUAAAGCUACCCAAGGACUUAGUUAGCAAAUACGGUGAUUACAUCAGCGCUGGUCAUUCUAGCCCCUGUAUACAAUCAAGCUAGAGUGUAUAGCCUCUUAAUUGUUUUACUGUUUCCUUUUCUAAUGAUUUUCCUUGGGGAACUAAAUAAUUUUGCAGGAUUUCUCUUAAUUUUGCUUAUCAUGUUUUGCACAAAGUAGAGCCAUUGGUGGACACAGCUGUUAAAGAAUGUUAAACUGGCAUUAUACUACAUGAGAUGUGUGCAUUAGAUUUGCCUGAAAAACUUUAUUCAUCAUUCUUUUUUAAAUACCAUGUAAUGUAUACAUAUUUAACUAAAGAGAUUUAUAAUCAUAAUUAUUUUAUUGUAAAGAUUUUAACUAAAAGUUUUCCUUUUCUCUCAAA